UCUGAGCAGGAGUUGUCUCUAGUUCUCAGCGGAGGGGAAACAGAAAGCGACUCACGGUGAAAAGACGACGAAAAGCCGCCGAAAAACACACAUGGAUUUAUUAAGUGUUCCGCCGGCGCGGGAGUGACUUUGGGCAGACGAAGGCGACUGAAAACAAUCUCAGAUGCAGCUAGUCUGUUUACUCUGCAUCUAGUCCCUGCCCUGAAAGUAGCUUGAGAUUCAAGUUGCCCAACACAGAACAGUUUAAUCCUACACUCCCCUCCCUCUUACCUUCCUCCCUUCCUGGUUCUCACCCCCUGCCCCAUUGGCUGUUGUUCCCCAAAGGGCAGAGCUAAGUAUGGGGUAAGAGAGCUGAGAGGAGACACCAAGACAGCACAAGCUGAGGAGGCCCUCUAACCUGCACAGGUGGUGACGGGUGCAGGACGCUGUCAUGGCACUGCUGCGGAGGAGGCUGAAGCUUGUGGUGACAGUGAUGAUGAUUAACCUCUUCAUCUUCAUCCUCAUGUCCCGACAGAGCAGCCAAGACAAAAACGGGCAUCACAAGGUCCAAAUCCCCUCCAAACCCUUCUGGACCAAACUCGUUCCCAGCUUGGCUUACUGGAACCGCCAGCAGCAGAUUCUAGACCUUCAGAACAAUCCCAUCCUGAUGACUAACUACAGCACCGCAGACACGCCCGAUUGGCUUAACGACACCAGUUCGACCUCUGACCCAUGCCAGUCUAACAUCAGGGUCACCACUCAGGUGAAAGACUACAACUCUCUACCGCACCGCUUCAAGGACUUUCUGCUUUACAUGCACUGCCGCUCCUACCCGAUCAUGAUGGACCAGCCUGAUAUCUGUAAGAAGCCGCCGUUCCUACUCCUUGCUGUCAAAUCCAUGGCGCCGCACUUCGACCGCCGCCAGGCCAUCCGUCAGUCCUGGGGGCGGGCGGGUGUUAUAGCCAAUCAGACGGUAGUUACUAUCUUCCUUCUCGGCAAUGCCACAGCUGGGGACCACCACCCGGAUCUGUCUGAAAUGCUGCAGUAUGAGAACGCCCACCAUAAAGACAUCAUCCAGUGGGAUUACCGGGAUUCAUUCUUCAACUUGACCGUCAAGGAAGUUCUGUUCCUGGAAUGGAUCCAGACUCGUUGCUCUGGUGCUCGCUUCAUCUUCAAAGGCGAUGACGAUGUCUUUGUAAACACCUACCGCAUCCUGGACUUCCUCAAGGGCCUCUCAGAGCCCAAAGCCAGGGACCUGUUUGUGGGUGACGUGAUCCACAACGCGGGGCCACACCGAGACAAAAAGGUCAAAUAUUUCAUCCCAGAGAGCAUGUACAUCGGGACAUACCCUCCAUAUGCAGGAGGGGGUGGGUACCUCUAUUCUGGUGACGUCGCUGCUCGUCUGCACAACGUGUCACAACACGUAGCGCUCUACCCGAUAGAUGACGUCUACACGGGUAUGUGUCUUAGGAAGCUCGGGCUGGCCCCCGAGAAGCACAAAGGCUUCAGGACCUUUAACAUAGAGGAGAAGUACAGGUCAAACCCCUGCGCCUACAAGAGCUUAAUGCUCGUUCACCCAAGGACCCCACAGGAGAUGAUCCAGAUCUGGGCCUGGCUCAGUAGUCCGGACCUGAACUGCCAGUGAUUGCGCCGCAGCAGGCAGGGACUGACGGAACCGGCCCUUGAAAAGAAGAUGUUUUAAGCCUGUUCACGAAAGGUCAAAGUGACAAAAAAUACAUUUUGAACAGGGUUAUGACUUAAAAGUUGGCAGCUUGAAGGUAAGAUAUUAUUAUGAAAGGUCACUUUGAGCCUCAACUCGGAGCAGAUGAUGCAUUGUACCUCUAAAAAUGAGGAAGGCUGCAUUAACGCUAUUUUUCAAAAUGGCCACCAUAGUAUUUUGACUUGAUGUCAGACUUCCAUAGACGAGCUAACCCUGCUUUACUGUCGAACGAGCUUCACCCAAAGUGACCGUGUCUUUUUUUUGCGUGCACAUAUUUAUAUCACAACUAUUUAUAAGGCCUUUAUAAUGCUUUAACACUGUGUGUGAGCUCCGUGGUGGAGCGUCUCAAUGCUGUAUUAUAAAAGUAAGGAGACUAAGAGGUGGGGUGUGUCCACCUGGGACUCUUUUUGUUGUUUGGUCAAGGGGAAAGAAAAUGUGUCAGAUUAUGACUGAUGACAAAAUGAUCUUGUUGUGAGCGUCUUGAGUGUCUUCAAACAUAAAUAUAACAGUGAAGCUCUUGAACUUCACUUCUUUGUAGCCGGUGGUUGUUACAAUGUGUUACAAAGUGCUUCCUAGUGAACACUUCCUAGUAAUUUUUGCUGGAGGCUGAGUUUGUGCUGCUAUUCCCAUCCACACUCCCUAAAGUAUUUACUUGUGACUCGCUCCAACUCAAGCUCAACCAGUUUCUCUUAGUAAAGACUAGGGAGACUCAUGUUUGGUUCACCGUUAAUUUGUGUUAAUUUACAAACCGUCUUAGGUCUUGAAAAGGAGUUUGUUUUACCUUAACUUCUUUAAAUAAAUUCUAUAUCCUAAAGUUUAUAGGUUUCACUCUUUAUUUUGUUAAGGAAAGUUUCUUUGUUUCCUAUGAUUUUAGUUUUAAGUGGUAGAUAUAUCGCAUUACAACCAAACUUCAAAUCCUCACAAAGAAAUUUUGAAAUGGGGUGUUUGGUGGAUGGAAUACACACUUUGCUUUCAGGAAAUAGGAGGAAUACAAGUCGAGCUCUGCACUGCUCAGUAGGUCUGGGCUUGGGUUUGACAUGAAUGGAGAAAUCCAAAUGCUGUCUAAUUCUGCUUCAGGUUCUCACUUUACACAAAAAGUAGAACUGCUCGUAUAAACCAGAAGUGCAUUUUCAGAGAUAGGUGUUAUUUCAGACUGCCGGAGUGGAGCCUCUGUCUGAAAUAUUUGCACUUGCCUCAUGAGUGUCUGCAGUUGUUGUGUUGAAUGCUGUUGUGUGUGUCUAAGCCACCUUAGUAUUUGUUACUUGGCAAAUUGUCUAUGCAUUGUUCUCUAAUCAUUUUGAAGACUUAAUUUCAAAAAGCAUCCAUUUAUGGAGGAAAGGGUGUCUUAUUGUCUCGACUCCCUGUUUUGGGGCGAUACAGACGAAAGAACUCAUGAUAAUUUGUGGCUCCAGAUAUAUUCUGAAAUCUGUUUUGCCCUCUUUCCACGCCGAAGUUUGAAAAUGGUGGAAAACUCAUUUUGGAAUUAAAGUCUUCAAAUUAUCGAGGUUACUGCUCAGCUUACUACUGUAUGGCUUUAGCACAAAUGCUGUUUUUUACUUGCUUUACGAGAGGAGGGCCGAAUAUAUUCACUUUGCGUCUGUGUUACACAAUGUUCCUUUUUAGCCGUAUGUGGGACACUUGAAACAUAUUGACAGUUUUCAGACGCACCUUUUUAUGAUAUUACAUGUCACCAAGAUUGAAAUGACUACAGAGAAGGAGAUGCUCUUUAGUUUCUCUAAAACCCUGAUCAGAGAAGUGUGUUAUAUGAAUGUAUAUCUUUGCCCAGGUUUAUGGUCAUUUGAUUAAUUAAGAGUUCCGUUCAAGAAGUGGAUUUUUCUUCAGUAUUCAUGGUCAGAAUUCCCACAGGACCCAGUCAAGUCAAAACUGAAAAUAAGUUGCAUGAAUGUUUGUUUCAGUCCAAUGUUUAAAUUGACCCUGAACCUGGUUGUUGCGUUUCUGAUCUUCGAGAGGAAGGGCGGAUGUUCCUACGCCUCUGUUACAGCUCCCCCUGCUGGUCAGGGUGGUGAUCUUUAAGCUUCAGACUCAGCUUUAUACAGACCCAGACCCAGAACUGUAGUCCUCAUUUAUUUUUUCAUGUUUUAACUAUCCGUUCAUUAUCUCGGUCUUAGACUUUAAAGAAUGUUGUCAACUUAUCUCUCCGUUUCAUUCUUUACGUCACUAAUGUAACCGUUUGGGUCGUGCCACACAAGGAAAACCGUUUAGACAAUCAUGAGGUUCUUAAAGGUUAAUUUUGUAAAAGUUUCUUCUGGGAUUACCUACUCAUUGGACGCUAUUUUAAUUAACUUAAUGCAGUGGAAUCAGUCUAUCUCCAUGUAGGAUAAAACAUAACACUUUAAAGUAUUUAAAUCAAAGCGUCGUCUAUUCUCUUCUUCUUAUUUGGGUCAUGAAUCCGUCUUCACUGUGGUUUCCCACUGCUCACAUACAAACAAUAGGUUACAUUAUGUUCUUGCUGCACACAGUUUGCGGCUACUUGAAAUGUUUACAUGCUUUAAAAAGUCAUCACUUAUUUUUAUAAUUGUUGCUUCUUUCUGAUGCCUUGUAUUUUGGAAUUAUGCGUCACUGCGCUUUUGUUUUGUAAUUUUGCUUCACAGUUUUCCUUUGAAGGACCAUUUCCUUUACAUGCACAACUUAGAUGUGUGUUUUGACAGUCAGUGUUUCUCUGGUGUCAGUAGCCAGGAUAUUUCAUUUUCUAAACUUCUGUAGAUGCUGGUGUUGUUUUUCAAGGCAGUAAACCCGUGUGUAUAGAGAAACAUCCUUUUACUGUCAAUGUGCAGUGAAAUGUCAAUGUAGCUCCAGCUUCAGGAUUGCAAUACACAUGAUAACGUAAUAGUCAACAUGACGGGGACACAUUUCCAGACAAAUAAAUCGACAUGAUUGCAGCCAGGGAGAUAAUAUCCAAUAAACUCUAACAAUAGUAAGAAGGAAUCAUGUUUUCUUCACUAGUUCACUUCACUUCUCACGUUGACCAACAUACAGCGUUUUGUGUUGUUGUUGUUUUAAUUUAUUUAAUUCAUCAGGACUGAGGAUCAAAUAUCUGUCUUUUGUUACCUAGAGAGAAGCAUUCAAAUUUCGAAAUGAAAUGAAAUGAAAAUUUAUUUUCAGAUGAAUCCUUGCUUUCAUAAGCCAUUAAAUCUUUUCCUUUUAUUGUACAUUGCUGCGUUCGCACCUGUUAACAUUGUGUUUCAGUAUGUCAUUACUGUGUUACACAACACCUGCACUAGUCAGAUGAAUACCAAAUCUGUGCCUGAUGUUUGUAUGUACUGUAUGUUUAAGAUUAUCCUUCAGCAGCCAUGUUAAGCUUGAUCGCUUUUAAUACAGAAAAUGACUUGAUAAUUUCAAUAAAGUUAUAUUUUGCUGUUUUUGUAUAUCUGUUCUAUGCAUUAUUGUAAUAAAAACAAAUAAAUUAUGAGUAUAAAGCCA